AUAGACGUAGCUAUAGCCCUGAAUGCUAUUUUGGCCACGGCUAUGCAUACGUGGACCGUGCCCUCAUCUCGAGAUUGAAACCCAGGCACAGCCCACGACGACUUUAACACUCUUGCAUUCCGGUGACGGAGAGCAGACUAGUUCUAUGGACAACGCGUGGCAUCGGACCGGACUAUCGGAAUAUCAUCGCACGUCCUAUGGGAUUAAACUCACAAAACGUUACGAAUUCCGAGUUAAUGCACGAUAGGAAGCUUUAAAGUAUCCAGUGAAACUCUUGACUUCAAACAAACUGCACUGUAAUGUCGGAAGCUAGUCCUGCAGGGGAAGGGGCACCUUCCAAAAAAGCACUCAAGAAACAGCAGAAGGAAGCCGAGAAGGCAGCCAAGAAGGCCGAGCGUCAGGCACAACAGGCAGCUGACGCUGAGGCUGCAGAGGGCGAGGAUUAUGCCAAGGACCGCUAUGGAGUGGCUCGCAUGAUCCAAUCCCACGAAAAACCAGAUCGGAAGUUGGUGAAAGUGGGUUCGCUGACCUCUGCCCUCUCCGACCAGACGGUGUGGGUGCGUGCUAGGCUACACACCGCCAGAGGAAAAGGCAAGCAGUGCUUUGUAGUUCUACGUCAACAGCAAUUUACUGUUCAGGGAAUUUUGAAUGUUAACGAGACAAUCAGCAAAGCUAUGAUCAAAUUUGUCAGUGGCACGACUAAGGAAUCGAUUGUGGAUGUUGAAGGCAUUGUCGCUGUCGUGCCACAAAAGAUCGAAAGCUGCACCCAGCAAGAUGUGGAACUACGCAUACAAAGGUUUUACGUGGUCAGCCAGUCGGCGCCCCGCCUCCCACUCCAAAUUGAGGACGCCUCCCGGCCCAAGGGGGAAGAGGAAGAUGGCGUCCAGGCCCCGACGGUCAAUCAGGACACCCGGCUGGACAAUCGCAUUCUGGACCUCAGGACUCAGACUAACCAAGCCAUUUUCCGGUUGGAGGCCGGCGUGUGCCAACUCUUCAGGGAGGCUCUCAGGAAACGUGACUUUGUCGAGAUUCACACCCCAAAGAUCAUUUCUGCCGCCAGCGAGGGUGGUGCUAACGUCUUCGCUGUCUCUUACUUCAAAACCAGUGCCUACCUCGCCCAGUCGCCUCAGCUGUACAAGCAGAUGGCCAUAGCCGCCGACUUCAGCCGGGUCUUCACCGUCGGAGCUGUCUUCAGGGCUGAGGAUUCCAACACCCAUCGUCAUCUGUGCGAGUUCGUCGGGCUGGACUUAGAGAUGGCCUUUGACUAUCACUAUCACGAGGUUUUGGAUGUAAUUGGUGGAAUGUUCACCGACAUCUUCCGUGGACUCCGCGACCGCUUUGCCACUGAGAUCACCACUGUCAACAAGCAGUUUCCGGCCGAGCCUUUCAAGUUCCUGGAGCCAGCACUCCGUCUGGAGUUCCCGGAAGCUGUCAAGAUGCUAAGAGAGGCAGGAGUGGAAAUGGGAGAUGAAGAUGACCUCAGCACCCCGAACGAGAAGCUACUUGGGCGUUUGGUGAGGGCAAAAUAUGACACCGACUUCUAUAUUCUGGAUAAAUACCCACUAGCUGUGCGACCCUUCUAUACAAUGCCGGAUCCCAAUGACCCUAAAUACUCCAACUCGUACGACAUGUUCAUGAGGGGAGAGGAGAUCCUGUCUGGAGCCCAACGGAUCCACGACCCGGAAUUCCUGUCGGAGAGAGCCAGGCACCAUGGGAUAGAUCUGGAGACGAUCAAGGCCUACAUUGACUCAUUCCGUUAUGGGGCGCCCCCUCACGGCGGCGGCGGAAUCGGCAUGGAGCGAGUUGUCAUGCUGUACCUGGGACUGGACAAUGUACGUAAAACGUCCAUGUUUCCCCGCGACCCCAAAAGGCUGACUCCGUAGAAUUGAUUUUGUUCCGGCGAUGGUAUCAGCUCCACGUGGCUCAUUAAAUCACCAAACCUUAAAGGCUUAUGCUUAUAUUUUUGUGUUGAAUUUUGUUAUAGGGGCUUCUGAAUGGUAUUUUCUUAGACCUGAGAGCUAUGUAAACGUACUGUGUAGAAAACAUAAGAAAUAAAGUAGAUAGGGUCCUGGUGAUGACAAGCGGUCGGUGACCGUUUCCUAACCUUGUGCCUACAUGGAUAAAGUCAUAAGACGGGUUCUUUCGGUGUGCAGAUGCGAUUCAAAUGGGAGCUUGUAACAUCGUUGCUUGCCAGUGAUUGGAACAAAACGAAUGUCUCAAAGGUGUUCUUUUCCACGAUGGAUCGAACAGAUAUGCGAUACUUUUUCGGUAUAUUCAUUUUUCAGAGAAUUGUCGGGCCCCCAAAAGUCGGAUUUCUUAAGUGUCGUUUGAUAAAAGCCUGGGUUAUAUUCAGUCAAUUUUGAGUGACUUGCUGAAAGUAGUCCCACGUUGACAAAAAGAUUAAGUAAAGGGCAAAAAGGGAAAUUAGACACUUGCGUCAAACGAGUUUGAAGUCAAAAAGGUUACCCAGGGUUUUUUUCUCUUUACUGUAGCCCAAAUCUGUGUAUUGCACCCCGAUUAAAACCCCUGCCUUUUUCAACCCUUUUUCAUACUAACAGUUAUCCUACAAAGACACCAGUAGCCUUUAGUCAGGGUGCGUGGCAGUUGCACCAGUCUUUUUUUCUUGCGACUUUAACGACCUCACUGAUCUGUUGACAUGUUGUCCGCAUCCUUGGUGCCAUAUGCGCCCUGAUUAAAGGCUAACAAGAGCGGAUUGGUAAAUGGAGUAAGAAAGAAGGUGACUGUGAAAAAUUUAAUGUUUGGAGAGGUUCCAAAAACGAGUAUGAUAUGUUUUUAAAUGCUUGAAAAUCUCACAUUAAAGCGGUGUUGUUACAUAGCAUCCGGUCACAUUUACAACACUGUAUUAACGUGAUAUUUGAAGAGAUGCUUUGCAAAGGCCAUGGAUUUUGCAUACCAUCUGCAUUUUGUUUUAGGAUGUCAACUAUAGUGAGACUAUUACUAGGCCAAAUAAUUCGACUUUGAGAAAAUGCGUUCAUUUGUAUCUCCGAGGGUUAUUAACUUCUCAUUGCUGAGAAAUUAUGUUGAUGAUUAUUAGGUAUGCAUAUUUUAGGUUUUAUUUUUGGACCAAUUUUGAAUCGAGGGUCAGAAUUUUGUUCUUAGUUUUGGUGGUAGGUUUCACAACAUGUACUUGCAUCUUUUCCUGUCAGGUGUUUUCAAUAAAAUUUAUCUCCUCUCUGA